AUGGAACCAACGGGUACCGGGAUCUAUCCACGUCUCCGUGCCGAUCUGAUGGAUGUACAAAUUAUUCCAGGCACCUUCACUAAGUACAAAAAUGCGUUCGGGGGAUAUGUGGAGAGGUAUGUGUGGCUUUCGUUUGGAACGAUUCGCAAACUCGAUUGCCAGCAGUGGGCACCAGAUGAGUAUUUCGUUAGCAAUGAUCUACGUUGGCAUCUCACACAUGAGCUUGGGAAAGAUGAGAAUGGCCGUGAAUUCAUCGUUGAAACCCCUCCUCCGGAAGAAAACAAGAAGGAUGAUUGA